GUUUAAAAAACGGAGAUUUUUGAAUAUCCUGUCGAUCUGAUCAGAAAAAUGGCGAAAAAGUUAAUAAUUGUGAAGGAAAAAAACGAAAAUUUAAAAUCUGUACCUUGUGAGUUGAAGUGAAUAUUGAGCAUAUGAAAAUCCCCAACUUCUGGUCUGGCGCCGGGUACGGUUGUAAGUUCUGUAGCAGCUUUCCUCACUGACAUUACAUGCCUUCCAAGUACACAAAUUACCUUCUAGCUAGACGUGAACCGCUAUAGUUCAUUCACUGUGUUUACUUUCCUUACGUGCUUGAUACUUGCUUCGCUCUAAAUAAUGUUCCAAAGUAUAUGAUACACAUGCCACUAUUUGAAAAUAUCCGAAAAUGUGUUUGUCGAAGACAUGGAUUGUCUCGUCGCCUAACCAGAGUGUUAUUCAAUGUAAAGAUUAAUGAAUCUUUUAAAUCACAGAAUAUACCGUCACAAAUUCGAGAUUUAUUGGUUUACAUUGCUCGUGAGGGAGUAGCUGUAACGGAUUUGUUCAGAAGACCUGGAAACCAACAAGAUAUGAAAAAGAUUAUCUCCGACCUUGAAGCCGGGAGACCAAUUAGAUGGACAGAUUACAACUUUUAUACCCUUGCAAAUAUUGCCAAACGGUAUUUGCUGCAUAUUGAGGGCGGGAUUUUGGGUCCUAAAUCUGAAGAGCAACUGCUUUCUACUCUUGACAUUCCAGAUGAUCAAGCCCGCAUCGAAGCAAUGCACUGUGUGAUUGUUUCCCAACCAAAGCCUGUUCAGCAGUUACUUGCUCUACUAUUCGGCAUCUGGUUUCGAAUGAUCUAUCAUACUGAAGUUAAUGCUAUGUCUGUGGAAGCUGUUGCUAAAUCUGUUGCCGGGUCUGUUUUCCCCAGCUGCACGACUACCCCAAGAAAAGUUGAACGAGCAUCAAAAGUUAUGGAAUAUCUCAUAACUGGCUUUGCCUCUGCUGAUCUCUUCAGUCGUGAGCUUAUUGAAUACUUCACAUUAGAAACGAAAACUAGCAUCUCGAGAGUGGAGAAGUUCAAGUACGAGUUUCGAUUUCCUAAAGACGUACCAAGAGAAAAAUCUGUGCGUCUUUUCGUUCGAAUGCUAUUAGAAGAAGGUAGAAAACAUGGAUUUCAUCUGAUUAAAGAUGCCGUAUCCAAGGAGGUUUUUGAAAAAGCGGCCUGUAAUAACAUAUCCACUCCAAACAGUGCAAUGAACUCAGGAUCUAAUCAGGCCACUUCUCGUCUAGAUGAUAAUUUGCUAGUUGAAAAUAUCCCACCGAAUGUUUCGUAUAUUCAGAAUAUCAGUUCCACACAAAAUACUGGGAGAUUUGACAUAUUAAUUGCUCCUAUUCAGCAAACAUCAGAAAAACGUACAUGUGUUACUACGACACCUAUUGGAAAAACCUCUCAUCAUACCACUCCAGUAGUCAAUUUAGAUCCAUUAAACUCACAUGAUUUUUCAAAUCCAACAACAGUUAUUAAUUCAGAUAAUUCAUCCAAGAAUUUCAAACCUCCCUCUGUUGUUUCAUCCAUUCCAUCAGUUGGGAAUAAAGAAUCUAAUGCUAAAUUAAAGAGUGCAACCUAUGGAACACCAUCUUCUCAAUCAGUUUGUUUUAAUUCUGUUAAACGACGUCAGUUGGAACGCUUACAAAAACGUUCUGAUUGGUUUCUUAGUCCCCCAGCUGGCUUACGCUCAUCGACUGGUUUAAUGCACUUGAAUCCUAGUACUCCUGGAACUGUACACGGUUCAAUACCCCAAAUUCAUAAUAAAUUAAACACAUCUCAAACUAAUAAUAAUAAGUCUAACUUCAGAAACUAUCCUAUUGUAUCUACUGAACCACAUUCAUUAUCCGAUCUUGAUUCAUCUUCACUAAUGGACAUUGAUCUGUCUGAGGAUGCGACAACAACAAACGAUUACAUCCAAAAUCUAAGUCAGUUCAACAUUAAUGGGAAUGAUGUUGAUGUGAAUGAUAUUGGACAUUUAGUAUUCACCGCUCCUGAACGUAUAUGGAAUUGUAGUAGUAAUAGUAGCAGUAGCGGCGACCCAAAUAAAUUAUUAUCAACUAUGACAGGCGGUUGUAAACGUCAUUCGCAUACACUUUCUACACCUGAACAUACAAUGCCACUAACUACUGCAAGUUCACCUAAUUGUCCGUUGCCUCCACUGUCGACGUCAAUAACAACAAAUUGUUUUAAAGAUUAUCCAGUCAAAUGUUCUUCUUUUCAACCAGCAGUAGUUGAAGAAAAAGAAAACUAUCCAGAGGUUGAAAUACGAUAUUAUAUUGUUGAACGAUAUUAUGGUCCGGAACCUCGACCACCACCAUCAAGUAUUCAACAACGUCCUGUUAAUUACGGUCAAAAACUACCCACCUAAUUUCAUUAAUGUAAUAUGUACAGGUUCAACGAUAUCUAUGGUGUAUAUUUCAAUCACUUGAUAUGUUCUUUUUUUCAUACACAUGAACAUAUUCGUUUAUACACUAAUCACCUGUAUGUAAAAAGUAGUAAUUUUCUUGUGUUUUAUAAACUACAAAACUUCCUUUUCUUUUGUUUCGCCAUUAUUCUUCCUUUUAUUAUUAUCAUUAUCUACUUCUUGGUUUUCACUUUACCUUUUUAUUAGUUUGAUGCACAUUCGUGAAAUUAUUGUAUUAUUCACACAAUGUGCCUACUACUGUACACUCCAAAGAGAUCUGCACGUUCUUAAUGAUAAUAUUUGUCUAGUUACCUGUUGAAUUACUUUUCUUCGGAAAGAGUCUAGAUAGGACCACCGAAGGAGAGGAAUGAAGCAGAUGGCAACAACGAAUGAUGCCUGAUUCUGUGUAGAUAUAUAUUUACCAUCAUUGUUUGUUUGUUCACUUUUCCAAGUAGAAAAGGCAAUUUAGGUUUUUCUUCAACUAACAUGAACUAACCAAAAAAGUCCAUAAAAAUGAACAAUGAAAUAACUCACUUGUUUCCCUAUAAUUUUACGCAACAGUGCGUUUUAAUGUUUUUCCUCCCUACUAUAUACCACUUAACCACAAGUAGGUUAUGACUUUUGCCCGUUUUGUUUUUCUUUUGAGAAAUUACAAAAAUAAACACCGAUAUUCAUUUAUUUUUUUGAGAUCAUUUUUAUUCUUGCUGUAUUAUUCGUUUUUAGCAAGUUUUCAUGUCGUUUUAUCACUAUUUUUAGUUAUCAUAUUUUAUUUGUCCAGAUUGCCUUUUUCGUACCUUUUAGUGUCUCAUCCACGACUUCUUGUUACUGUCUGUAUCUGUUAGAUUUUUCUUCUCUAAUCAAUUGCUUUUUUUAUGUCUCAGUUGUUGUUUACAGUCAAUUUAGGCCAAUACAUCUGUUUUUAUGUCUGCUCUCAAACAUAAACACAGACACAACCAUAAUCACUUGUUUUCAAGAAUGAUGGCGGCGUUCUGUUUUCUUGUAUGUUCAGUACCUGAUGUAUUAUUGUUUGUGUUGCCUUAAGAUUACUCAGUGAAUUUUUUUAUAAUCAAGAAACAGUUCAUUUUGCUUCUUAUUUACAUUGUGAACCUCAAUUUGUCCUGAGUAUGCACGUGUACCAAUUUUACUUGCCUUCAUUGUUAUUAGUAACAGUAAUAGUACUUCUCUGGUUUAUUAUGUCAGUAUUGAUUUAUUGUUUUCAACUGUUGUGUAAUUCACAAUCAAUGCUUUACUUGAUAGUGUUUUUAUUUUUUCGUCGUCAGUUCUCGAUAUUAUAAAUAUUUUUAUACUUUCCGAAUAAAUCAACUACACAGAUCUAUUUUGUGAUAGGUCAUUUCUUUAUGUCCACUCUUUUUACACCAUAUAUAUAUAUAUAUUAAAGAGAUACGAACGCAAUUAAUUUAUGUGAAAACAUUUUAUGCAAAUAAUUUUCUUCGUAAACAUUAUUCUCGAUAACCUGUUUUCUUACAUAUUUACCUGACUGUUUGCUUAUCUGAUACACUAUCUAUCCAUUACUCGCUGAUAAAUCUGUUAUUUGUUUUUACGUUGGUUCGCAUUCUGUUUCGUUUCGUUUUCACGAAAAGUUAUAAAACACAGUUCUUGUUUAAAAAAAUUAUGUUUGGUUGACAUUUCUUACGACCAUUUUUUUAGUCGUGACCACUUUUAUUAUUACCACUUUAAUGAGAAUUGAAAUUUGAUAUGCAUUUGUGUAAUAGUGAAGCCUAGAAUUACUAUUCUUAGUCUAUUUGUCAUUGUUAAAUAAAUUGGGCAAAUGUUGCAUUUACAUUUGGUAUUAGUUCAGUCAUCUAGUAUGAGGUUUGAUAUAAUGUUAGGUAGUUUUAAGCAGCCGUCAAGGAACCAAAGAUCUAGGCUUUGUGCUAGUUAGCGCUUACCAUCAGGGCGUACCUAUAAGCUUGACAGACUCAUGCUUUACACGGUAUUCAGACCAGCCCCAUGUUCACCGUUCUGGACGUAACCUUCGGGUUAAUCGGGUGAUGACUGACCUGUAGGAGUAAAAUAUCUGCAACUAAUCUGGUCACAGCGCCAUGUUUGUAUAAUGCUUAAACGCUUAUCGAAUUCUGUCUAUCAGGUUAGUCUAGCCACUACUUUAAAUGACAAGAUAUCGCUUGCACUAUGUUUAGGUGCAAAUAGGUUGUUAUAUCUGUUUUUCGAUCUAAUAUCAUUUCUGUAGUUGUGACUAAGUCAUAACAAAAGCAUGAUCUAUUCAUUGCCAGUGUCGUAUAGUAAUUUGACAAUUCUGAUUGACUGGAAUACAUGCCAAUGCUUAUUUCUGAUUAUUUACAGACACCACUACAGUGGGUAUAGUCAAUAAAAUGUUUGAAAAGUAUCAUUUAUUGUAUUUGUUGAUUUCGAAGUGACGAUACACGCAUAUGUUUGUUAAGUUCGAAUGAUCGUCAAGAUAAAUGCUCUUAAUAAAUCAGUGAUAUAAAUGUUUCGGUGAGAUUUCUGAUUGCUUAUCACAAAUGAUGACUAUGCUAUUCCAUAGUAAUUGUAGUGGAGAUGAAUUAUCUCUAUAUGUUCAUCAGCUAAUGAUAUACUAUUUAUAACUUACAAACUCAUUAUUGACAUCUUGAGUAUUAAUAAAAGUUAUGGAAGUGUUAAACCUUACAAAAUGAACCAAUGAUUACAUUUCACAGUCGCUUAGUUUUUAUUUCAAUCUAUGAACUGGAAAAUAUAUUUUCAUUUACAUUAAAUGCUGAAAUCUACCUAAAAGAUUCUAUAAUCGUCAGGGUUGAACGGGGUAAAUGAAUAAUAAGGGAUUUGUAUUUCUGAAAUCCGUCGGUAUAUAGUGUUGUAAGACAUUUAUAUGUGACAUUUAGUUAAAUACUGAAGCUAGUUAGUUCCAUCGCAUUUUUAGCGUCGUUCAGCACAGGACGUACAUUUGAAUAAAAUUUCAACUAAUACACUACAUCACGAAGCACCAACUUGGAAUCCUGAAUGGAAAGAGGAAUGGCAAAAACACAGUUGAGAAUCUGAAGCAGAGAUGAAUAGCAACUGGAAAGGAUUGCCCGUGAUAGAGUUGGAUGGCGGGCGGUCUAUACUCAUCCAUGAGGGGUAACAGGUAUAAGUAAGUAUAGUUUGGAGGUACAGUUAUUCAUAGGAUGUGUUGUCAUUCCUAGAACGAUCUGACACGGUAAAGUGUACUCCGUUUUCUACUAGGCUUCUAAACUUUGAGAAUUAAUUCACUUUUCAGUCUUUAAACGACACGGUUGAAAAACUAACAGACUUGACCUAAUAGGAAAAAUUCAAUAUCAUCAACGACAUAAAACUGGACGAUUGACAUCACCUCGAUUUGUACAGACUUUAAUAACCAGUCAGUUUGUAUCAUUUGCCUAUGUCAGCAGACAAAGUUUGAUAAUGUAGACGUAGGUUGGGAGAAAGCUAAAGGCGACCAAACCUAAACGUGGCAUUAGUUCUCGAAGUCACUGACUGGUAACCAUCAUUAUAUUUAACUAGCUCUGUGAUUCGAAGCUAGUACGUUUGCUUCCAUUAAUAAUUUCUCAAGACCUCGGUAAUAUGUUAUUCAGCUGCUAUAAGUUUUAUAUAGUCUUAGUGCCCAUGUGAUUUCAAUUGUUUUCAAUCUAUUUAGGUUCUUUCCACUGUAAAAAGAACACAGUGGUAGCCAAUGCCUCCUCGCUGUGUUUCACUUUCUUGGUCGAACGAGACCAAACUGUAGUGAAAUUUAUUGUAUGUAGAACAAACUAUGAAUGUUGUACAGUAGCUCAUGAAAAUCGUUAGUCAAUGUGCCCUAAACUCGAACAGUUGUCAGAAGAACUUGCUUCUAAAAAAUUUUAUAGGUAACAGUGCAUUUUCUGUAAAACUAUUAGAAGUAGUAUGAAUAUAUUCAUAUUUAGGCAAAUGAGGUUGUGUAACAUUUGUACCAUAUUGAAAUAGGUGGACUAGUAAUAAAUCGUGCGAAACAAUGAAACUAUCAUUAGUUCCAUUGACGAAUGUUCUUCAACAAAACAGACUCUGCUCAUGAGCUGAAAAGUGGAUUUAUAAUUACCAUGUCAUUUCAAUGUCAGUGUUAGCUCAUCGUUAAACUAUAAUUACACUAACUUUUCAAUAAAUGAAAUGUAUAUACAUUAAAAAGAAUAAUUUGUUUUAGAAAUAUAUAUCCAUAUAUAACGUAAUUUUAUCAUGGAUAUUAUACAGCUAGAUGAAACAAUUAUUGUUUCCCGACAGAAAAAUAAAUAAUCAUCCCAGACAUUUUGAUGUGUUGCUUUUUUCUGUGGUGGUGCAUUAAUUUGUUUCUUUUCUGAUCAAUUAAUUUGC